AUGGCAUGGAACUAUCCAGUACAAGACGAAUCUGCUUUAAAGCCGAAUCCAUAUUGCCCUCGAGAGCAGGAAAUAAACAUACUAUUAUUGGGACCAACAGGAGUUGGAAAAACCACAUUUAUUAAUGCUUUUGCUAACUAUAUUGUUAAUGAUACUCUUGAAGAUGCAGUCCAAGAUGAAAUGCAAGUCAUUAUUCCUUCUUCAUUUUCUUUCACUAUGCCAGAGUCUUUUGAUGAGAAGACAAUCAUUAUUGGUGAGCAGAAUGAUAACGAAAACUUUCUUGCUGAUGGCGAAUCAAGUACUAAGCAAUGUCGAAGUUUUGUUUUUCCAAUCGGUGAUCGAAAUCUACGUAUGAUCGAUACACCAGGCAUCGGUGAUACUAGAGGAAUUGAACAAGAUAAAAACAAUUUUCAUGAAAUAUUAUCUUAUCUUGCGCAAUAUGAACAUUUGAAUGGAGUAUGUAUAUUGCUUAAACCAAAUGAAGAACGUUUAACUAUACUUUUUCGAUUUUGUGUCAAUGAACUUCUUCGACAUUUACAUGUCAAUGCAAAGGAAAAUUUAAUUUUUAUCUUUACAAAUGCACGAGCAACAUUCUUUGCGCCUGGUAACACAAAAAAACUUGUUGAAAAUUUGCUACGAAAACAUCAAGAUGAACAUGGCGUCGUAAUACCAUUUUCAAAGGAAAAUACAUUUUUAUUUGAUAACGAACCAUUUCGUUAUCUAGCAGUACGUAAAAAUGGUAUCCAAUUGGAUGAUCAACAAACACAAAGUUAUAGUAGAAGUUGGGAUCAUUCUGUCAAAGAAUAUAGUCGUUUUAUGUCACAUAUGAUUACACGUCCGCUGCAUGCCGUAGCUAAUACAAUUUCAUUGAAUGAAGCUGAACAACUUAUUCGAAAACUUCCACGUCCAAUUGCUGAAACAGCAAAACUUAUCGAAGAAAAUAUUCAACUUGCUCAAGAACAUAAAAAUAAAGUACUCAGUAAUCCUGAAAUUGCGUUAGAAGGAAUACCACAGAAUAAGGCUAAAGUUAUCCAACUUAGACAUCCACGAACAGUCUGUGUGGGUGAAAAUUGCUGUCGAAUUAUUGAUGUAGAUGAUGAAAAAAAAAUUGAAUAUCUACAUAUAUGUCAUGAUGAAUGUUAUUUGAAAGGUGUCGUACAAGAAACAUUGUAUGAUCCAAAAUUAGAAGAAUGCACAGCAAUGAAUCCUGAAGAUGGUUUCUGUACAGUAUGUGACUGCCACUGGUUGCAACAUAAGCAUAUCACUUAUGAAUACAAAACAAAUCGUACUCAUAUCAAUACAACUACAACUAGAAGUAGAGAAAGAAAUCAAAGAAUGUCUUUGAGUGACAUUGAUAAACGUAUUAGUGAUUUACGAGAAGAAGCAGCAAAAAUUCAAGAUGUUUAUAAACAAUUAGCAAAAUUUCUUCAUGCAAAUUCUAUUCUUCCAAUAAAUGAUGAUAUUUUAGAUUAUCUUCAAUAUUUCAUUCGUGAAGAACAGAUGAAACAGAAUGCUGGUGCUCGUAAUGAUGAAAUCAUAGCUGGUCUACGAAAAACUAUGGAUGAGUUUACAAACAAUAUGGAAUUAUUUAAAAAUGCAAUAAGAGAGCAGAAAGAGUCAGGAGAUAUGACAGAUACUCUGAAUCCUGAAGAGAUUUUCGAUCUGGUUGGCACUCUAUAUGAAUUACCUAUCACUGGAGAACAAAUUCGACAGCAAGUCAAUGGAAUAAAAUUUGGUCAAGAAAAUUAUGCUGCUCACCGUGAAAGAAGUAUUGAGUUACCAUCCAAAGCUGCUUCGUCAAAAGUUAUGAAGGAUUUGAAAAAUAUUGUGUCUAUACGACGAAAAAAAUAA